AGUGCGGUUUUCAAUAUCGCACGCGCUCAUUUGCCCAUAUAUUGCGUUAGUUCGCUUCAUCGUCUGUGUGCAGCGCGGUAGGAUUUUGUGGAGGUACUCGUCGGCGAUUGAACUAGACAAGAGCAACAACUGAACCCCCGCCGCCGGCAGCUCGGAGUUUCUUCGGUAGUAUCGACAGAGAGAGAGAGUGUGUGUGUAUUUUUCACGACGAUGGCAGUGACUCGUCGAGCUGCCUCCGUCUCCACGCGCGGCAUGCUUGUAACCCUAUUGGUCGUGACAGUGGCGGCACCGUUGAUGACGGGCACUAACGGCUAUGGCUUAACGGACUUCCUUGCCGCUUACACGGACCCCAGGGUUAAUUACCACGCAGUGAGAGGCAACGUGGCUCUGCGUGCGUCUUUCCCGCCGCUUAACCGGUCGCUAACGCUGGUCGGCCGUGGACCCGGAGGCGCGCGACCGGUCCUUGAUGGUCGAUCGAGGUAUGGUGGUAUCGUCUUGGAGGCCGACAAGAACCUCACGCUAGUGAAUCUGGAGAUGAGAAACUUCCGCUCAGUACAGGGAGGAGGGGCGGCGGUCAGGGCGCGCAGCUCCGAGAAGAUCGUGCUUGAUAGGUGCGUCUUUCGCAAUAAUCGAGCGGCGGGAAACGGCGGCGCAGUGAAUUUGGUGGGCGUGGACGAGAGUAUCACGAGAUGCGUGUUCGAAAUGAACCGGUCGGGCGGCGAUGGCGGCGGCUUGUGGUCCGAAGACGACGGGUUCGCGAGUAUCCGCAGCUGUGUAUUUAAGAAGAAUCAGGCGGCGUCGAGGGGAGGAGGGGCAGCUUUCAGAAGGCGCUUCACCACUGACAUCAACGGCUGUAGCUUUGAUGGGAACAAGGCUUCUGGGAUGGGCGGCGGCGCCAUCUGGUUCUCCAGAACGGGUGCCAGAUUGUACGACACUCGAUUCUCGAGCAACGUGGGCGGUCAGCGCGGUGGAGCCGUACGAUUCGACGGGUCGGAGCAGGGAACGGUGAGGUUUUGUAGAGGCAACACCUACUCUGGCAAUAGCGCCAAAAAUGCAUCGUCCGAUAAUAUCUACGUGUCCAUUCCGAACGUAGACGAUGGAAUCAGCUGCACAUUCUGUCCGUCGAUCCCUGCUCGCACUGUGAUCGAUGACAAUAACAACGUCAAUGUGACUUGUCGGUUCUGCUGAUGAGUUUAGAUGAGGAGGGGAGAUGAGGAGGUGAGAUGAGGAGGUGAGAUGGGGAGUUAACUUUGUAUAAAUGGGUCAAUUAGGAGGAGCCUUGGCUUCUUCUCUGCCGUAUUGUAUUGUUGCUGCAGGCGCACCGUUUGCCGCCGUUUGCCGUUGUUGGUAGACUAAGUGGCGAGCAGUUCUCCAUCCGCGGACGAAGGACGAAAUGCACUGCCUUUUAUGUUUCUUUCUGUUUUCUAGAGGAAUGUGAUUGGUCCAGUCGUCGAUGAACUGGUCUCUGCUGCGAGUAUCGAAAAGGUAAGCGAAGAGCGAUGUUGCCGUUUUCACCCGAAUAGAACGCCCCUUGUCAUGAUCCCUGUAUCUCGACUGAAAGUUGCUCCAAAUGCAGCAGCUUUAAUCACCGUUACGGCAUUGUUGCGUUCACCAGGUACACAUCAGAGACCAGGAUGGGGGUAUUCGACAGGUCCAAAGCUCAGAGCAGAGGAUGGCAUUCAACAGGUACAAAGCUCAUACCGAGAGAAUGACAAGUCAAUCAAUGUGUCUGCAAGCUCGCUGCAGUCCAUUUGCACUAGUACGUUUCUUUCCUGCUGGGGGUGUAGAGAGGAGAGGGGAGGGGAGGGUGGGGGGGAGAGGGAGGAAGGAGGGGAGAGAAAGGGGGGAGCUUCUGGUCAUCGUCGCUCUGCUUCCUCCCCCCUUGCUAAGCUGUGACAAUGCGACGCUCUGUAGUCCCUCUUCUAUAUUUGCUGCUUCCAAACGCAAACAAAAUUUAAUGUUAUUU